AUGGAGGAUUUGGUCAUGAAAAUAUUUCAAGAGAGGAACUAUUAGAAUUCUUUAGUAAUUAUAGUGCUUCUAUACCUGAUGAUAAAUAUUUCGAAUAAAUAAUUGUUAAUGUAUUUAGAUUAUUAUAAGAUGGAAAUAAAAGUCAUCAUGCUGGUAAUAAAUAAGUAUUUGAACCAGAUCAUAAAAGAAGUUAUUUAUAAGAUCAUCAUAGAUAUGUUUUAUAAGGUGGCAGUGUAUCUGCAAAUGCACCUUUUGGAACAUUUACUUAAUAAGAAUAAUUAGCUUAAUCUAGACCUUCUGUUGGUUAUAAUUAACCAGCUUCAUUUAAUAUAUUCAAACCUUUAGAAGAUAAUAAAAUCAAUUAAAAUGGAUCUUAAAUUUAAUAAAUUCCACUUUCUCAAUCAUAAAUUUCUUAAUAAUCAUAAUAAUAAUAAUAAUAAUAAUAAGAAAGAGAAUAAAGUGUAAAAUCUGUCAAAUAAAAGAUGGAUGGUGUUUAAAUUUUGAGAAAUAAAAUAUCUUAAAGAGGAUUAAGAGGAUUAAUAAAUAUAUAAUAUAGAUUUUAGUUGUAUGAUAAAUCUCAUUUGAAUGCACUUUCAUAUUAAGAAUGGAAAAAUUGUUUUAAAUAAUGGAGAUUAGAAGUUAGUGAUUAAAUUUUAGAUGAAGUUUUUUAAUAAUUCUAAACAAAUGGAAUGAUGAAUUAUGAUGGAUUUAUCAAAUAAAUUUAAGGUACAAUGAAUCUUAGAAAAUUUAAUGCUGUUUAACAAGCUUAUGAAUCUCUUCCAAAAACAACAAUUGAUAUAGUUAAAUGUAUUUAAAAUUUUAAUUAAAAUAGAAUAAUUUAAUGCAAAAGAUCAUCCUGAUGUAAGAACUAAUAGAAAAAGAGAAGAUGAUGUUUUAUGUGAAUUCAUAGACACAUUUGAAUAACAUCAUAUUGUUUUUGUAAGAUUUAAUAAUAAUAAAUCUAGACUGGAGGAGAUUAUGUAAAGAAUCCUAACGUGACUUUUGAAGAAUUCAUUGGGUAUUAUAAUAAUAUAAAUGUGUUAAUUGAAGAUGAUAUUCAGUUUGAAUAAUAUGUUUAAUCAGUAUGGAAUUUAAGAAGGAGAUUCUGA